UAGCAUUUCUAAGCCGGCCAUUUGUCCUAUCUGUUCAGCGCUCGUAUCAAAACGUGUUAAACGUGAAUUUACGCCGAAACGAGUGUUUCAAUUAGGAGGAAUUGUCUUCGAGACGUUUUAAGGUACCGUUUAACGUUGCAGUAGAACCCGAAAAAUCACCAUGAGCGAUGAAAAAAAGCCCGAAUCUGAACACAUCAAUCUUAAAGUCGUCGGACAAGACAAUGCGGUCGUGCAGUUUAAGAUCAAAAGGCAGACACCCCUUCGGAAGUUAAUGAGUGCUUAUUGUGACCGAGCGGGUUUGAGUAUGCAAGUGGUACGUUUUCGAUUUGAUGGAAACCCAAUAAACGAAACAGAUACACCGCAUUCCUUGGAUAUGGAGGAAGGCGAUACAAUUGAAGUUUUCCAACAACAGACUGGCGGUUGCUACUUUUAAGUGUUAUAAUUUUAAGAUCGUCGCUACAUGUAUAAAAUAGACGUAACAUUAAGACAAAAGUUGUGGGGCCCGUUCCUUUUUUUUUUUUUUUCUAAAUUGCCGUUUAACAAAAAAAAGGUAAAAUUAAAACCUAAUAAGGUUUUUCUUUUAUUCUUUGUUUCGAAUUAAAUCAGGACGAUUUCUUUUAAUUUAUUUGUACGUUACUCUUAAUGAAAAAAUUAAAAUUUAAAGUUGCUGCAUGUAUUCAAAAGGAUCUUUGCUAAUCUUGAAACUUUAACAGCAACGAAAUGUAACAGCAAGCACUUUUUGUAUGUUGAGAGUUUCCUGAAUUAGUUCCGUUAUAAAGAUGAAAUGUUAGUAAAUUUUAGUAAGUACGUCUCUGUAAGGAUGAAUAUGCUAGGUUUUUGUAUUAUAAACUAAAAAAAAAACAGUUUCUCAUUAAAAA